GCCAGUGCGGGGGAGUCCGGAAACGAGCGUCAGAAUUUCCGGGUGAGAGUCACUCCGAGGAUGAGGAGGAGGCGGCACUGAGCAUGUGUGGGGGCCCGUCAUAAAUCAGUGAGUCCCGCAGGAAUGGAUGGGUCAUAUCUGGUGGUUGUGGCCAGCCUCUUUGUCUUCCAGCUCCUCUUCCACGUGAUAACUCCGCGCCUCUCCGCUCUGCUCAGCUGGGGUUACAGUGGCUUAUCUCAGGCGCAGAAAACGGAAUGGCACUCCAGGUGCGUGUCCACAAUUCAUGCUCUCGUAGUUGGGAGUCUGGCUCUGUACAUCCUCUGGUUCGAUGACAACGUCAACAGAGACCGAAUCUGGGGGGAUCCCAGACUAGUCAAGGUUAACAUAGCAAUCGCUUCAGGCUACUUGAUCAAUGAUCUAAUGCUUCUCCUGUGGCACUGGAAGACACUAGGAGACAGGUAUUUCAUCAGCCACCACUUGGCAGCGCUCUAUGCCUACCAGUAUGUGCUGGCUCGGGGACUCCUCCCUUACUUUGCUAAUUUCCGACUGAUUGCAGAGCUCUCCACGCCCUUUGUAAAUCAGCGAUGGUUUUUUGAGGUCCUGGGCUUCCCCCGGAGUGCCAGGCUCGUGCUGCUUAACGGCGUGGCCAUGUCCGUCAGCUUCUUCCUCGUGCGCAUCGCUGUGAUUCCAUCCUACUACCACCAAGUGGCUUCCAGCUUCGGCACAGCCGCCUUCCACCGCCUUGGGCUGGGCCCGCAGUGCGCCUGGAUCGUAUCCAGUGUCGCUCUGGAUAUUCUCAACACCAUCUGGAUGUACAAAAUUGCCAGAGGCUGUUGGAAGAUUCUGUUCCUGUCCCGCAAGCACCGGAAAACUGAACUCAAUAAGAACUCCUAGACACGUGGCCUGGCUUAAAGGACAAGACUGACCUGUUUACACGUUAAUCUUUCAAUUAAUCAGUCAGCAACGUCAAAAAAUUAGAUCAAAUAUAGUAAAUCCAUUGAAUUUGUAAAUGUUGGUGUUCCAAAACUUAGGCACAGACUAGAGAUGGGAUUGAUUCUGUGAUUGCUCCCAGAUUUUAAUUUGAUAAUCCUCAGAAAUUUACAUUGGUUCUCUGUCUUGCCUGUACCUGAGCCUUGAGCAUGGGGAAUGCCUCAGUACCAGUGGGCCCAGUCCUGUAGGCCCUGUCCCCUGGCUCUGUGCAUCCAGUUCAUGCACUCCGGGACCAUCCAGGACCCAGCUGUCGUGCUGGCCCAUUGAGACAUCUGCAGCACAGAGAAUCCUGCAUUGGACACCUGUCUGUCUCAGACCAUGUUGGCUGAGCUGUGCUCCAGGAUAGAAUCUGGAUUCUUAUCUGAUUGAUUUGCAUCACAACUUAGGGCAAACUUGUACUACUUUGUUCCGUCCAUGCCAACAAGAAAAUGAAUGUCAAGGUAUAUGGUGACGUAUAUAGGUACUUUGUUGGUAAUAUAUUUACUUAGAACUUUGAAACCCCAGUCCCCUUCCCCCUCCCCUUUUUUUUGUAGAUUAAAUUGCCGACCUGAUGGCAAGAUAAAUCAUUGAGCCUUCGACCGCAAUCCCUCUCCGUCCCGUUUUACAGAACUUCUGUUCUGCAGAACAGAACUUCUCAGGUUCGCGAGGAUUUUUCUUGCCUCGCUAAACAGAGAGGCUAUUUCUGGCCACCUAAUGGUGAAUAAUGUCAGGAGACCUCAUUCCCUUAACCACCAACCUCAAGCCAUGCAUGCACACUCUUAUAGUGUCGCAACAGUGACCCACAUCGCUCUAUUAACACUUGAAGAUCUUCCAAUUUCAGCUUAGCUGGUGAAAUGUAAGUGGCUUUCUGGGUCACUCACCCAGUCAAAGGUACUGCUUUACCUCUUCAUGUAACUGUCAACUGCUGAUGUAAAAUAAUUUUACCAGAGCGCCAACAUGGGCUAGUAAUUUAUAAAUCAUGUCAAUUGAAUUUCAACGAAUUCUCAAACAAAGUAUGUAGCAUGGUAGGUAUGGAAAUGCCUGUAUAUUUAUAUGGAUUUCUGGAUCCACAUCCAAUCAGGCUUUGUGAAAGAAAGUGUACGGAAUGUGAUUAGAGAUCCAAGUGCAGAAAUAACUAAAAAACUCAGUAGAGAAUAAUUUAAACACUAAAGGAAUAUGGGCCUUUAACUCCAGAGGACAGAGGCAUCCAGUCACAUAUUUGGACCUGGCUUUUACAAGUAAGCAGUGUUGUAUGCGAUUGGAAGUUCAAGUUUAUUGUUAUUCAACCGUACACAAGUAUACAGCUAAACAAAACAACGGUCCCCUGGAGCCAGGGUGCAAAACACAGCACAUAUAGUCACACACAGCCACAAAAUAACACCAGCACAAGUCACGUGAGUGGCACGGCAGGAUGACGUAAAGUGUGAGGAGCGCGUUGAUGGAACGUUAGUGGCACUGGCCACAGGGAGUGAUGGGAAGGGAGAUCAAGUGACUGCAAUGGGUAAGAAAAUCGCCCUCUUGUGUUCUACUUUCCUUCACAUUGAGAGCCACCUUCUGCUUUAUACACCUGCCUCAUGUUGCUGCACAUCUUCAUGAGUUGAGCACUUCCUCAGUCACCUCAUUCCCCUCGAAACAAUCUAGAAGCUUCCCCACAAUGAUUCCCGAUGAAGUUUCGAAACAUCUCCUGGAAUCACCCAUGUGCCGUCUCCCGAGGUUAUUGUCACGGCAGUGCUUGUCCGGCCAACAGCUUUGCAUUCUCUAGCGCACGGUCGGAAGGGCCAAAGCCACUUGAUGUCUGUGACCAACCCCCAGCCCACCUCACCUGCUCACACAUAAACCAACUAGUCCCUGGGUCAACCAAGAUCUUCCGGAUCUUAAUGCUGACCAUUUCGCAUUGACACCACACCCCAGCACAUAUAAUUCUAUCAUCACUCUCUCUCCUUUUACCACUAAAGCCAUUGCGCGUCUCAUCACUUGCAGCCAACCAGGAAACUUCCCUCCAACGCGUCCCCUCCCACAGUGAGGCUUUGACGCAACCGUGCUGCGGCAGAAUAAGUUCAAUCGUCACCCUUGCCUUCAAGCAAAGAGCUUUACCAAUGCACAGCCUAAAGUCAUCUUUCAGCCAACUUCUGCUAACUACGUUGACUGGUUUGCCCCUUUGCGUUUGUGUAGAUUGUGCAAACUGGCUGCUACAUGACUGCACUAACCAGCAGUUAAUCAUCUGCAAAGCUCUUUGGGACAUCCCGGGGAUGCCAUAAGUAAGCCUUAAGUCAUGAGCUGUAUUUUAUGUGCAAUAAUGGCCAAGUGCUCAGAGGGCGAGCAUAGCAGGAGUGUCUCUGUGUUUGUAUAGUAACAUUGCGGCCAGAACAGAUGCUAAUUCUGAAGCAGGUGUCGCUGACAAUAGUCAGGGUGAGACAAACACGUUACCUGGAGACAUUCAGUUUCCCAUUGCUGCUGGGGUCAAGGUCACUGUCCACUCAAUGGCUUUCGGUUGCCAUACAAACCGAGGAGACACUAUUGACUUCUGUACAGUGGGAUCUUCCUCUGCUUCCACCCAGCCUUAGUCACAUUUCAUUUGCCCUCUCUGGACCAUACUCGGUUCAUUUAUUAAAAGCUUUGUGGAUCAUUAUCUCAAAGAUUCCUCUUCAACAAAACAAAUGUUGACCUUUGAAAUGACACAGCAUGUCUCCUUGAGGUAAGUGAUAAGCAUUAGCCCAUCAAGCGCCUGGAAUCUUUGUUUUCCUCGUGCAUUCUGUCUUACGUGUGCCUUAUUGCUUUAGCUAAUUCAGCACAGAUGCUCCCAGUUUGUAUGGUGCCUCACUGAAAAGCUGGCUUCACUGUUCCAGUGGCUGCCACGGUCCAGAUGAAACCAACUGAGCUGGAUUAAAACUUCCUAUUCCCAUUCCCGUUCCCGAUUGAUCCAUGGCCUCCUCUUGUGCCAAGAUCAGGCCACCCUCAGGGUGGAGAAGCAACACCUUGUAUUCCAUCUGGGUAGCCUCCAACCUGAUGGCAUGAACAUCGAUUUCUCCUUCCAGUGAACAAAUUCCCCUUCCUUCUGCCUGGGUCCCUUUCUCCUAUUGUCCACUCUCCUCCCCUAUCAGAUUCUUUCUUCUCCAGCCCCUGACCUUUCCCACCCAUCCGGUUUCACCUAUCAGCUUCCAACUGGCCUCCUUUUUAUUCUUGCAUCUUUGCCCUUCUCAGUCCUGGAAAAAAAGGGUCUGGGCCCAAAACAUCGACUGUUUGCUCUUUCCUUUAGAUGGUAUCUGACCUGCUGAGUUCCUCCAGCACUCUGUGUGUGUGUGUUUUACUUUGGAUUUCCAGCAUCUGCAGACUUUCUUGGGUUUAGAUUAAAACUAUCUUCUGUGUAGGUGUGGGAUUGUUUUUGAGUUCGGGUGUUCACAAAGAAAAUAGAAAGGCACAGAAGGAGUACAGGGAUCUAAUUGCACUUCACGUCUUCUCUCUGUGACUGUGUGGAUUUCCUCCGAGUGCUCUGGUUUCCUCCCACACCUCAAGCAAGUACAGAGAGGUGGCCUAACUGGCCACUGUAAAUUAUCCUGUGUGUGAGUGGAGUGGGAAUAGAUAAAAGGGAACGGGUUUGUUCUGAUGAGCUGGUGUUGAUUUAAUGGCUAUAAUGGCCUAUCAUUACAUAAUAUGGAAAGGGUUUGAUUGAUUUGAUUACUGUACAAAGAGUAUUGAUGGGCUGAAUGGCCGUCUACAUUUUAGUAAUUCCAUGAUUUCUGCAAGCUUUCCAAUGCUCUCACCUCCAGUGUGAGAGGAUUUGCACACUGAUAAUCAACCUGGAGUCAUAGUUGUUGUUGUUUUGGAUAAUGGGUCUGAUAGAUGGGAAGAACUGAACCUUUUGUACUGAGAUCCUGUGACUUGAUUGAAUAAACAUAUUUGAAAUCGA